UUUCAAAAAAUAAGUAUUAGUGCAUUAAUAAUAUGUAUAGUGUGUAAAAUAUUAGAACCCUCCACACCUUAUAUUUUUAUUUUAUUUCUUACCAGUUUUAAAUUAAUUUCGUUGAUUACCUUAUAUUCUAUUGAUUACCUUAUUUAUUUCAUUAAUUUUGUAUUGUCUGAGUUAAUUUUUUCUCAUUUUCGUUAUUUUGUAUAUCUAUUUUUUAUUUUUUAUAAGGGGUUUAGAAGCCCUUGGUUGGCUAAGAACUUGGGCUUUCAAAUUGGUUUUUGAGGUAAAGACAAUUAUAUUUGUAAAAUCAUUGAGAUGUUUGAAGAUUUAGAUGGAAUGCGUUAUUUCACGGCUCAAUGGUUCUACCGAGCAAAGGACACUGUGGUGCGAUGUCCAAUGGUUUAUGUAUUCUGGCUGUGGUGCGAUGUCCACUGGUUUAUGUCUUGGAGCUGCGAACUAUGGUGUUAAGCUUGUAACAAAAUGGGCAGUGGAUUUCAAUAGUGAAGCAUGUGAUAGCUUGAGAUGGAAUCAUCCAGAGACGCAGGUCCGAAAUGAAGCUGCUCAGGAUUUCUUGUGCCUUUUCAAGGAAUGGGAACACCUUUGUGUCUCUUCCUCUCUGAUAACAAGCAACUCAACACCACAUCCUUGCUUGAAUAUUUGUAAUGAAGAAGAAGAAGAAGAAGGGACUACAAGUGAUACAGAAAAUGAAGUAUAUGAAGUUGAACAAGUAUUAGAAGUUUGCUUUGGGGAUCCAAAGAAAACUGCAAAGUCUGGAUUGCACUUCAAGAUACGUUGGAAAGGUUAUGGCGAAGCUGAUGACACAUGGGAACCCAUUGAGGGUCUGAGUGGUUGUGAGCAGAAAAUGAAGGAGUUCAUUGAGAAUAGGUUUAAAGCAAGUAUUUUGCCUUUGCCAGGGAGUGUUGAUGUUGUAUGUGGUGGCCCACCUUGCCAAGGAAUAAGCGGCUUCAAUCGUUUUAGGAAUAGUGAAAAUCCAUUGGAGGAUCCCAAGAACAAACAACUAGAAGCAGCAUGUAGAUAUAAGAAUGGCUAAACGCCAUUUCUCGAUGGUAAAAGUGGAUGGAGAGAUUUCUAAUCUUCAUGAUGAUGCUUAUGUUAAUGGUGAGGAAGGUAAAGACAAUUGUAUUUGUAAAAUCGUUGAGAUGUUUGAAGAUUUAGAUGGAAUGCGUUAUUUCACGGCUCAAUGGUUCUACCGAGCUAAGGACACUGUUAUUAAAUCACUUGACAAGUUCAUUGAGAGCAAGCGUGUUUUCUUAUCCGAAGUUAAGGAUGAUAAU